ACAUGCUCAGCUGUGCGUGUGGCGGCGAGGGCGUGGCCUACACACCUGCCUCCUGCACACCUGACACACGGACAGGGAGGGCAUGGGGUGCUAAAUGAUAAUCGAGCCCCGGGACCAGCCAGCCGUCACGCCCACGCCCACGCCCGCCGCCUGCCACCUCGCCGCGUGUCUGUCCAGCCCCGAGUUCACAAUGGCUUCUGUGAGUCCAGAAGAAACUGUUGAAAAUGAUGCCAUGCCCAAGGAGAUGGCUGCGGAGAGCAAGCUUUACGUUGACGUGGGAGAUGACAGUGCCUCCAUAAUAUACAGAGAUGAGUAUAACAUCCACUUGCUGGGAAUGGAAAAGCUUCAUCCCUUUGAUGCCUGCAAAUGGGGCAAUGUAGUGAAGCAUUUAAAGAAGAAGCAGUGGGCCAAGGAACUGAAGGUGGUCAGCCCAAAUGAAGCCGCAGAGAGUGACCUGAGGCUGGUCCACUCGGCUUCCUAUUUACGGAGUCUCAAGUGGAGCAUCAAUGUGGCCAAGAUAACAGAGGUGCCACCCGCUGCUCUUGUACCCAACAUAUUCCUGCAAAAGAGAGUGUUGAGACCAUUCAGGUACCAGACGGGAGGCAGUGUGCUGGCGGGGAAGCUGGCCAUGGAGCGGGGCUGGGCCAUCAACAUCGGGGGCGGCUUCCACCACUGCUGGGGGAACAAGGGAGGCGGCUUCUGUGCCUACGCCGACAUCACCCUCGCCAUCCACUUCAUCUUCAACCACUACCCCUCGGUGGAGCGCAUCAUGAUCAUAGACCUCGACGCCCACCAGGGAAAUGGCCAUGAGAGAGACUUCAUGGGCAGGAAGGAUGUCUACAUCCUUGACAUCUACAACAAGUACAUUUACCCCAAUGACACGUACGCCAAGAAGGCCAUUCGCCGCAGGGUGGAGCUCUUCGCCUACACCCAGGAUGAAGAGUACCUGGAGAAGGUGAACACCCAUGUUGAGGGAGCCCUUAACGAGUUCAAUCCCCAAGUGGUGAUCUACAACGCGGGGACGGACAUCAUGGAGGGUGACAGCCUCGGCCUUCUCUCAGUCACAAAGCAGGGCAUCAUUCAGAGGGACGAGAUAGUGUUCCAGAAGGUCACCCAGCGGCAGGUUCCCAUCGUCAUGCUCACCAGCGGCGGCUACCAGCGCUCCACCGCCGCUGUUAUCGCCGACUCCAUAUGGAACCUCAGCAAGAAGUCACUCAUUAGUAUGUGAUUCCUGUAGUGUGGCCUUCAGUGUUUUGUGAGUGUGUGGUUCUGUGUGUGUAAAUGUGUGUGUGGGUGCGUGCAUGCUUGUGUGUGUGUGUGGGUGCGUGCGUAUGUUCAUGUGUGUAUGUGUGAAAGAGAGAGAGUGUGAGACGCACCAGAUCAGAUAAUUUUAUGCUUUUCUGGGAUUGUUUUGACUACUUAUGUAAUAUCAAAGUUUUUAAGCUUGUUUUACAUUUGCAUAACUUAAUGUUUAUUGGUUAAUGUUUAGGUUAAUUUUGAUAAUAUCUUCAACUGAGAGCUUUAAUAUCGUCCAACCCCACCAUAGGGAAUAAAUGGACGUUAAACGAUGAUGAUGAUGAUGAUGAUGAUGAGAGCUUUAAUAUGUACCGAGUGAGCCACGGAAAGUCUCACUUCCUGGCUAUAGAAUACAGAAUUUCAUUAUAUGUAAAAGGAAUCUGAUACUCAUUUUAGAGAAAUACUUGUUCUCUUAACUAACAAACUAAACUUCUACUAGUGCUUGUAUACAUUAGUUUGUUAAGUUUGUAUAUGUUUUAUCUUUUUUUUCAGGAAGGAUUAAAAACAUGUAUGAUAGAAUGCUUUGUUAGUGGAUAAAAAAGCUUUAUUAGGCGAUAUGACUUUGGGGUAUUGUCAAAACUGUGAUUGUUUUAUAUUUCUCGUUUUGCUUUUGUUUCGUUUGUUCAUUUGGCCCAACAGCCUGGUAACAGGUCUCCUCUUGGGAAGAACAGGAGACCAUAAAUGAAACAUGGCAUCUUAGCCCCAGAUAGUUAAGUAAAUAAGUAGAUAGAUAGACAAAUAUAUAAUACUGAAUCUCAAACUUAUAUUUACACAAGAAUCUCACACAACUACUUAAUGUUGAGAUGCUUGUUCUCUUAACUGAAGUUCAUAACUGAAGAGUAUAUGAAGUUAAUUAUAAUUCCCUCCUGCUCCCUCCCACCUAGUCUGAUUGGUGAAAAUUAGGUGAGGGAAAGGGUUAAACUUGGUAUUCAUUCAUGUCUGAUCCUUGUCUGUAUCUGCGGCGGUAUGGGUGUCCAUGGCAGAGUUUUAACAUUCAUCAAAUAUUGUUUUUAGGCUCUUACUAAACAUUUGAGGCAGGCUGAUAUUAACCCAGUAGCAGCGACGGGCCAAAUUUGUGCCAUGAUGUAAACCCAAAAAAAUAGAUGAUACAUAAUCUGAUCAGAAAUGGUUUGAUAUAUAUUAUGAAAUGGUUUGUGUGAGGGGUGAUUUUUUCUCAUUUUUCUCGCUUGGAGGGACCAUUAAGAAACACGAUCCCUGCUGCUACCGGGUUAAAAGGAAGAAAAGUAUUACAAUUACUGUCAUAGCCAUAGACACAGUAGGAUCAAUAGGAGCUGUUCAGCCACUUCCCAUGUGUUCCAUCUUUCGUGGACAUGGAUAUGGAUGCAGACACAGACACUGAUCAUGGACAAGAGAGGCGCUUGGAAUAGAAAGGACAAAUUAUCCACAAAAAGGCAACAGGAUUUUAGGUCCCACCAUAACCCCACUAAUUUCUUCUAUGUCAAGAGGUGUUGGGUUCAUCUCUUUCUUAGUGGAAAGAGGAGGUAAAGAAGGCAAGGUUUUUUGGCUUUCCCAACUCUGAUGUGAGGUAGCACGCAACGUUGCCAGAUUGUCGUACUCAGCCUCUUAUAUUUACCGACUUCCGAGCCAAAAACUGUCUCAUGGACCCCGAUAAGGAGAUUCACUUAUAAUUAUCAUUAAAAUCGUUAAUUCCUGAUGUUUCUUGGCAAUAGUUAGGCGUCAGAAACCGGUAAAUACUAUGCUCUGAGUACGAUAAUCUGGCAACAGUGGUACCACAUUUAGAAAUGGAGUUUUCUCAAUACUUACCUUUGACGAGUUCACCCUUUCUAUUCUCAACCUCUCCAAUGGAUGCCCGGCCUUAGCCAUCAAACUACUGUAAGGACACUGUAGAAAUAGGUAACUGGGUUUUGUGUAUAGCAUGUAGCACACCUCAGCAUGCCUGAUUUUGUACCUGAGCUAUAUUAGUCUUUGGGAUGUUUCCACAGCAUCAGAUAUGGGCUCUUUCCUACCUUAAUAGUUGUUAUCUGCAAGCCUUAUUAGUUUCUUAAGAUAUUCUCAACAAGAGGUUUGGGAAUGUGCUCCUGUAUAAAACAAAAAGGCUGUUUAUUAUGAUUGUUUAUGUUGUUAUAGUUUUUAUUAAGAAUUCCAUUAUUAGUUUGACAUUUUAUUUGCGAGUUGUAUAGAUUUUUAUUUUAUCUACUUUUCUUUACUCUCCUCUCCUCUCCUCCCCCCCUUUUUCUCCUCUCCUUUCCUACCCCCUUCUCUCCUCUUCUUUCCUCUCCUCUCCCCGUUCGAUUCCCGGACAGCUUUUCCAAUACCCUACGCCCCUGUCCACCCAGCAGUGAAUGGGUACCAGGUAUUAAUCGGGGGUUGUGUCCCAUCUCCUCGGAUCUGUUCCCUUCUCCUAUGAUUCCUUGCCCUUCUAUCUCUCCGGCAUAUGACCACAGAUGUUGCGCCAACUAAACAAAACUUUCCAACUACUUUUCUCCUCUCCCCUCCUCUCCUUUCCUGUCCUCUCUUCUCCUUCCUCCCUUCUCUCUUUCUAUAAAAUAACAGCUUGAAAAAGAAGGCAGCUUAUUGGGAUAAAUGGUCUGUAGGUUUAUAUUUUGUUUACUCAGUGUGUUCACUACGCUCCCUUCAUGUCCUCUGUGUUGUUGUCAUUAUUCAACAUCAUGAUUAAGCCAUUUAGAACCACAAGGCAGCAAGCACCUUUUUUUUAUUUAAUUGAGGAAUCUACUGCAAAGGUUUGGUUCAUAUAUACAUCUUAAAAAUUAUUGUUAUGUCAUGCAGUUUUAGAGCCCCUAGAUCACAUCACCACAAGACAGAGAACCCUUGAUAGAACCUGUCGCUGGUAGAUCUCCAUUCUGGCUGUGGUGGCGUUUACAGCCUCAUGAUUCCGUUGGGGUUAGUAACUCUACACAGAUACCUGGCCUUCCCUCACAGAGCCAUAUCUUUUUUUAGACACUUUCACAAAGCAUAAAAUCACAAGGAAUGGACGUAUGUAAUUAAGUCUAAGAAGAAAACACGAAGCCAAGAGGAAGGAGUGUUAUAUGAUGUUUUUAUGGAUAUUUUGGCCUCAUGUCCAUAGCUUUGGUUGCAGGAUUAGGGUCUCUUCAUCAAAAUGUGUGCACCAUUCCAUUUAGGGCUCAUGUCAGGUUAAAUAACUUGCUCCGGGAAACUGACGUGAGGUAUAUGUAUAACUGAGGUGAGGUCUGUCUUUGCCCCAUAUUUUUCCUUAUUUUCUUCCUGUCUCAGUCUCCUCCUUAUCUUCUUUUUCUUCCCCUUAAGCAUGUUCGUAGCUAACAAGAAUGAACUACACAUUGUCAAGGUGAAGCAUCUUGACCAGUUUACAUUUUGACGGUACAGGUAGCUCUUGUUUCACACGAGAGUUGCAUUCCUGAAGAGGUAGCAUAGAGUUAAUUUUGUGGAUUCUAAAAAAAUGUCCAUAAGAAGACAUUUUGAUCUGUGUUUGUUUAGGCAAGACAUGUGGAGUAAAACGUUAAUUUAAUUCUUUACUUUCUUCUUUGUCUUGAAAGCUUUUUAUCCGUGUUACGUAUAGGGUCACUGUUUUGAGGUUGUGGCUUGGGGGUUAACAUCAUGCGGCAAUACUGGGCUUUAAACUGAGUCACCCAGGCUCUUAACUUGAUGCUCUAAGCCACUAAAUCACAUUACGUUCUUAAAAAAUAUUCAUAACUUAUAUCUAGUGUAAAAUGAGGGGUACCUGCACUUCACAUUCUUAUCCCAGCUCAGUUUUUCUGUAUUUUUUCUUACAUGAAUACUUAGUGGAACAGCGCCCACAAAUUUACUGUCACACCCUAAUAUGUUAAUAAGGUAGCGAACACUAGAGAGGAAGUGAAGUAUUUCUGUUCCUGAGAAGCUUAUUCUUUUAAGAGAGUUUUGUGGACACUAGAAACAGUACAUUGUGUUUACUGUGUGUUGUCAGGUCAGAGUUGAUCCCCAAUUUCAUAUUUUUAAUGGAGGAACACAUUUUAACCCCCAGGAAAGUAUAAGUAGUAAUAGUAGUUGUAGCUGCAGUAGUAGUAGUAAUAGCAGUAUAUUGGUAAUAGGAGUAGUAGUAGUAGUAGUAGUAGUAGUAGAAGCAAUAGUAGUAGUAGCAAUAGCAAGAAUGGCACUUCAAAAAAAAAAAAUAAUAAUAAUACCCAGGCCACUAAUGGACUAGGGCUGACCAACAGACCCCAUCAGGAAACCCUACUGGCAUUUUGGGGUGAAAAAAAAGUAGUAGUAGUAGUAGUAGUAGUGGUAGGAGGAGGAAGAGGACCCCCCCGAAAAUUAGUAUUCAUGCGAGACUCAACUUCACAAAUUUGGUCUUAAAAUAUUUGUGGUCCGCUGAUCAACCUAAAAAAUAGAUGGACCCAUAUGUUGUUUUUGGAGACUACUAAACAAAGAUUUGGAGUGUGUUUGGGCAGCGUUAACUUCAUUCUCUCUGGCCCUGGAAGCGGCUAACUAAUGCUCAUAACCAAAGUUGCCAAGUUAUCGUACUUUGAACAUUGCAUUUAUCAGUUUUAGGUCUCAAAAAAACACACACACAAAAAAAGUUCCCUCAUAAAUAACGAUAGUCUUAAAAAGUUAUCGUUUAAAGCGUUAAAUAUUGAUGGUUUUCUUUCUUUUUGCAAUAGUUAAAUAGAUAGUUUUUUUUUUUACCUGUCUCCUUUGUUGUAAAAAAAAAAAAUGCAAAGCGAUGAGUAUGUUAAUUUGGCAACACCGCUCAUAACUUUGCCUCACAACUGUACAAAACUAGCUAAGGGUAGAGUAGAAUAUAUAUAGCUGGUUGUGGUGCUCUUAGGCUCUGUAGCUCUCGAUCUUGUAGGAUUUCAAACUGCAUUCAUAUGAUUUCUAAAAGACUUGCAUAUGAAGUGUGUGAUAUCUUCUAUAAUUUGUAUAUUUUUAUUCUUAAAUCAAAGUGAAAUAGCAUCAGGCUGUUUUAAGUGAGAUUUCCUUAUAGUACAAUUAAAUCUGUAAUCUUAGCAUUGUUGAGAAUAUUUUUACAUUAAUUUUUAAAAGGUAUACCAGAGUGAUUUAUGUAAAUAUCUGAUAACAGAGUCUAUACAUAUAUUUUAAAUGACAUUACUUUGACCUAAGUUGUGAUUGAAUGAAAUCCUACUCUGAUUCUUCCAGUCUCGUAAACUAUUACCUUUAAGCAAGCUAGUGCAGACCAUACUUUGCAGUGUUGUUGGCAGGAAGUACAAGGCUGCCGCAGAGGCUUGUGGAGGAUGAUAGGGUGUCUAGGAGGGGGGUGUUGGAAGCAAGUAUAAGCAGGUUUUGGUUGUGGUCUCAGAGAUGGCAAGAGGAUGAUAGGGUGUCUAGGAGGGGUGUGUUGGAUGCAAAUGUAAGCAGGAGUAAGGUUAUGGUCUGAGAGAUGGCAAGAGGAUGAUAGGGUGUCUAGGAGGGGUGUGUUGGAAGCAUAUGUAAGCAGGAGUAAGGUUAUGGUCUGAGAGAUGGCAAGAGGAUGAUAGGGUGUCUAGGAGGGGUGUGUUGGAUGCAAAUGCAGGCAGGAGUAAGGUUAUGGUCUGAGAGAUGGCAAGAGGAUGAUAGGGUGUCUAGGAGGGGUGUGUUGGAUGCAAAUGUAAGCAGGAGUAAGGUUAUGGUCUGAGAGAUGGCAAGAGGAUGAUAGGGUGUCUAGGAGGGGUGUGUUGGAAGCAUAUGUAAGCAGGAGUAAGGUUAUGGUCUGAGAGAUGGCAAGAGGAUGAUAGAGUGUCCAGGACGGGAGUGUUGGAAGCAUAUGUAAGCAGGAGUAAGGUUAUGGUCUGAGAGAUGGCAAGAGGAUGAUAGAGUGUCUCGGAGGGGUGUGUUGGAAGCAUAUGUAAGCAGGAGUAAGGUUAUGGUCUGAGAGAUGGCAAGAGGAUGAUAGGGUGUCUAGGAGGGGUGUGUUGGAAGCAAGCAUAAGCAGGUGUAAGGUUAUGGUCUCAGAGAUGGCAAGAGAGUAGGUCAUUGAAUUGGCUAAGCUAUAAAAAUUUAGUGCAGAAAGCAUGACAGUGUAAGAUAUGGUUUGGGGAAGAGAAGAUGGAGUAAGGUAUGGAAUUUAAGUACUUUGGGAUGGUUUAGAAUGUCUUUUAAGGAGGUAUGAGAUGUAAUAGGGGAGUUAUGAAAGUAAGAACUGUGAGCAUGUGGGUAAAGAAGGGUUAAGAAAUAGCGUUAUCCUUCUAACUCUGUCAUAUGUAUCAGAGACAUGGAUGUGGAAUGUAGCACAGCAGUCACAAUUAUGUCCUACGGAAAUGAGGUAUUGUACAGAAGAGGUGCAUUUGAUUUGAUGGAGAAAGUAAUGAAGAUGUGUAUGGGAAUAAUAGCAUGCGUAUAGCAACAAAGGGAUGAGAUUGUGGAGUGGUUGGAUAGAUGAACCAUGAUGCUUUUAGUUUGAACAUGUGAUAAAAAUGAAUGAGGAUGCCUUUGUGAAGAGAGUGAAUGUAGGCAGGAUUGAGGGGGGAAGGAAACAGGGGAAGACCACCAGCGAAAUGGAUGCAUAGAGUAAACUAGUAUUGGAGCGAGUGAGCUGGCAGGUGAGGAGUUGAAUGUUCUGAGAGGGAGUGUUGAAGCAGGGAAAGUUAGAGAUGCUUCUGCCUUGGCCACCCUUAAGAAACAUUUUCACGAGGGGACAGGGCUCGCAGAUAUAGACACAUAGAGGUUAGGGAGUUAGGAAGUUACAAAGGUCAUUAGUAUUGGAAAGUAUCUUUAAAACUGGCUUUAAAAUCAAGAAGGUAGCUGCUCAUGUUGUGUACUUAGGAUGUAGUGCUAUUCACAUUCAAGCUGUAUAAAUGUUAAUUUAGCAGUAUGUGUUUGAGAUGCACAUUCACGAAAGAGAGAAUCCUCUCGUCUUUCAAAGCAGGUUCCCUCUUGGUGAACUGUGAGGGGACACACUGCUGUUGUUUGUGAGUGUACAGCUUUAUCAUUCCUCCAAGGUGGUCAAGCAAUGCAUAUCCUUGUAUAUCAUCAGAACACAGAAGUGCACUACGAGUUGCAUUAUAGUUUCAUGAGCUUAUUUACUCAUAUACAAUUAGAUUAACAUGGAGCUUUUGUUGGUAAUUUUUGCAGUCUGUGCAUAAUUCUUAAUCUACUUGUAGUGUAGCUGACUUGCCUGAUGGGCGAGCCUCCCAUAACUCACUCUGCGAGUGGGGUACCUCUUUGGCUGACUGGUUAAGGAGUGGCUUUCCCAUCUUGCUGGUUCCUUGUCUGGAUUAAAUUCUUGUGUGUUUCGUUACGUGCGGUGGUCAUGUGGAGGUCUAGCAAAAGAGGAAAUUCAGGGCAUUUCAUACUCAUUAUUUUAAAGUAAUAACACAUAAUUAGUAACACUUGGAAGAACUCUGCUGGGGUGAAUUUUUCAAUUCAGUAACUUAUGUAGUAAAAUAAAGCAUACUGAAUCACAUCAGUACCAUACACCCACACACCCACACACUCAUGUACACACUCACAGACACACACAUGCACACAACAAUGAGCUCGCUCUGCAUAUACAUAGUGCCUAAAUAACCUCAGUUCAUAGAUACCAGAUAGUAUAAUGAAAAAUCAAAGAGGUCUGAUUCAGCAUUAAUCUCUUCAAGUUAUGUAUGUUACAGCUCUAGAUAAAGCAGUUUAAUUCACUAUUGGAUGAUGAAGCUGUUGAAUUCUUUACAUUCCCUAAGUGCAUAUAGACAUACAGGCUAGUUGUAUGUUCCUAUGGCCAGUAUCUGUGAAAAUUACAGAAGCUACAAAACAUCAAAUAUUCCACAGAAACAAGUUUUUUUUAUAGUGGUAAUUUAUUAGGUCUCAUGCAGGGGUCCCCCUAAGGUGCACUCUAAAUACUCCUUGGGUGUCUUCAGGUGGAAAAUAGGCAUCAGAUAGGGAGACAAAACACAUUGUUGACAAACAGUUAAAACACUAAGGAUAAUUUUAAAAGUAAUAACAUUUAACUGAUUCUUGUACUGAAAAUUUCAGGCUCCUCUUAUGAAGAGGAAGUACUAAACAAUUCUUUGAUAGCUAUUCCAAAUUCAUCAUUCUCUCCACAUUAUGUACAUUUAAACUUAGUCCAUUGUGUACACACGGUAGCAAUUCAGUCAUCCGGUUUUAUCUUCACCCAGCAGCUCUGUUCCCCUGCUGAAUAAAAAGUUAAGUGAAUGGGAAAUUUGAUCAAAGUCCAGACAACUGAAAACCAUCCUUAUCAUGUACUUUGGUACACAAAGAUUUCAUAAGGAGACCGUGAAGGUAUCUCCUAAACAGCAGACUGAAGAUCCUGAUUUUAAGUGAUUCAGACAACAUUAGUCUGCUGGAGACUGGCACGUGGCCAAGGAACAACAGUCUGGUGAAAUGCCGGUCUGCUGACUUUUUAGAAGGGUUGAGCUACUCGUAAGAUAGAUCAUGUGGGUUGAUUGAGUUGCUGCUAUAUUCUUAGUUAUAGUUAAAAAUCAAAAGUUUACAUGAAAACUGUUGAAUUGGGUUCUAGGUAUAUGAUGUGUGUAGUGGGUAUUUAUGUACCUGUAAAGUUACAUUUGCACUGUGCACUAGGCCUUAGUCACCAUCCUGACACCUAGAUGUUAAGUUAUAUAUAUACACACACACACACACACACACACACACACGCACACUACAGUUAACUAUAUAUAAUUACGACAUUCAGCCCCAGAAUGAAGUAACGCUGGACAUUACAUUUUUCUCAGCAGUAACAGAAGAUGAUAUUAAAGAGACACUGAAAAAUAUUAAAAAAAGGAGGAAAGCUCUCAGAAAAGAUAUCAUUAGGGGAGAUCUUAUAAAGGACGCAGAGAAAUGCUUUUGGUAAUAUAUGAAAACUUUUCAGUCUUGAAAGAGGAAAAUUCUAAGUCUAUAGAAAUAGUCCUAAUCAUUAUAUAUAUAAAAGGAAGAAAUUGUUGUCCUAUCAGUGUAAUAAGUUAUCUACAAACUAUUCACAAAAAUAAUCCCAAGCUGGAUCUCGGACACAUUUUAUCCUAACUAGUCCAGGGCACAAGCCGGCUCUCAAAGUGUGUCCUCAACCAUGAGUCACAAAGGAGUGCAGAAGGCCUCUUUGUUUGGCAUUCAUUGAGAAGUGUUUGCUGUGGCUGUAAUGCACAAGAGUUGCUUAGUGUUAAUCAUUCACAAAGUUCCCUGAAAUGACAGAUCAACUGGAAUAUGUUUGCUGUGUUUGCUGUGGCUGUAAUGCACAAGAGUUGCUUAGUGUUAAUCAUUCACAAAGUUCCCUGAAAUGACAGAUCAACUGGAAUAUAAAUUACUGGAAUCAUCAACUCGUACGUUCAAUAAUCCUGAGUAUGUAUUCAUGUCAGGAGUUGGUUAUUGCCUCCUCCACGACCUGCACAUGGGUAGAAAAGUUCAUUAUCAGUCCAGGGGAAUAAGCAUAUUGCCGAGUUUCAGUCUUACAGACCCUCACCUGCUUGUGUGAAACUCUGCCUCAGUAAUAAGUAAUCCUGAAUGAGCAUUUAAAGUUCAAGGUGAAAUUCUUUAUUCCCCUGCAGGAGUAACGGAUUGGACUCUGUAGAGGAAGCAGGCAAGCAGCUAUAAGUUAUCUGAUAUUCAUCUAUAAUCUGUCGCCACACUGUUAUUCAAGGCUUAUUCAGCAAUUUCUCAAAGUCAGACAUAAAAGGACUCUGCACCAGCCAUGGUUGUCCUUUUAUUAAUAUUUACAUCAACUGCAGUAUAGAAUUUCCAUCACAUAGCUAUUUAAUAAACUUUUAAGGGAUAGUAACACUAGAAAAUCUUUAUGGUACACAUCAUUAACUUCCACUUGGCACCAAUUGACUUGUCUUCAUAUCUGUGUAAUGUUAUGUCCAUCUUUAGGACUUGGAUUUUCCCUUGGACCUUCAUUAUUAGGGAGGUUAUUCAGAUGUUCUGGAGAUGCUUCUCAAUUCGAAGCUUGAAACAAAUUGUGUUCAAGUCAAUGUUUAUGUGAUUGUGCUUCAUGGAAGUUUGUACUCUCUACAGAAACCAUGUUCAUGUGACACUGUCCCAAUGUAUUCACCACUCUGUAAAGUUUGUCUUGUUGAUUGUAUUAGAUUCUAUUAUGUAUCACAGAUUGCAAAAUAGGAAAGUCAGUUGCUGAAGCAAGAGGUCCCAAAAUAACUACCAUGCACAUUCACAUUCUUGUUGAUAAGAGCAAGUGUUAUGGGCUGAAGAAUUAACCUGAAACUCUUGGAGGAGGUCAUCACUUGGUCUUGCCAGUGGUCUGUAAGGCACACACUUGGCAUCAGAACCAUCUUUAGAAGUUGCAGUUAGUGGCAAAAGUCUGGUGUGAAUAAGUAAACUUCCUCUUGUGCCAAAUAUAUAUUCACUUUGUAGAAGAGAAUGAUUAGGUCACUAGGUAUUACUGUACUUCAGAAUGGUGUAAGGCACUUAGCUCUCAUCCACAACUAGAUUCAAAAUAAAACUUAGGUGCCUUUUUUCCUAGAACACCUUACUAUGAUAGAAUUCCAAAAAUCAAAUCACAUUAAGUAGAUGACUUAUGCGAAGCGGUCAUGUAUAGCUCAUGCAGGAAAGUUUUAUAAAAAGAUUAACUAAUAAAAGUCUUUAUUACUU